AUGGAUUCUAUGGACGAAUCGAGCACUUCGGUGCCCCCAAAACCCUUCGCCCCUGCCGUAGAGGCUACUGUGGAUGUUGGCGACCCGAAUAAAAUCAUCAUUAUCGGCGCUGGACCGACUGGCUUGGCACUUGCACAAGGCUUGAAAAAGGCGAGCAUUCCAUAUGUGGUAUAUGAAAGGAAUGAGAACGAGAAUAUCAAGCGUAAUUGGUCAAUGGGCGUGCAUUGGGCGAUUCCUUGUUUGAAAGAGCUCCUCCCAGAAGAGGUUUUCGCCACGAUUGAGCGUACUCAGGUCGAUCCGCAUCGUUCAACAAGUGACACAGACCGCCUCACACUCCUCAACGGAGCCACCGGCGAGCUGAUCAAAUCUGUCGACUCUUCGAAGUUCUAUCGCCUUCGUCGGGACAAGUUCCGCAAGAUGCUUCUCACUGGACUCGAAAUCCGUUGGGGCAAGACACUUGACCAGAUUACUUAUUCAGACGACGGGCUUGCCGCAACAACGCACUUCGCAGACGGGACGCGAGAUACUGGUAGCAUCAUUGUUGGCACAGAUGGCCCACACUCUCGCGUGCGUACUUUGUUGGUUGGCGAAGAGAAGGCGAAGGUGGAGCCUACCGACUUUGCUACGACAAUGUGCUUUACCAAGCAUACGAGAGAACAUGCUCUGUUCCUUCGAGCGCCGCCACAUCACCCGUUGUAUCAGACUGCUGCUCAUCCAAUGGGAAUGUUCUCUUGGCUUUCUCUCCACGAUGGCGAAGACCCAGAUCAUCCAGAAGAUUGGACAUUCUACCAUUACGUCAGUUUCAAAGAGCCUCGAGACUACGAGAAUAAAAUGACCAAUGCGGAACUCGUAGCCCGUCAGAAAGAAUUGGCGAAACAUUUCGUGGAUCCUUGGAAGAGUGUUUUCGAGUGGAUGCCAGAUGAUCAUCCAGUUUGGUACGGAAAACUACGACACUGGGACCCGCGAGACCCAGGACACCAAUGGGACAACCAGGCCGGCAGAGUCACAAUCGCAGGUGACGCUGCCCAUCCCAUGACCUUUCAGCGUGGACAAGGCCUGAACCACGCCUUGAAGGAUUCUCUGGAGUUGUGCAAAGCUGUUCAAAAGUACUGGAACGACGGGGCAGUCUCAGUCCAGGACCGCAAAGAAGCACUCGAUGCUUAUGAGGAGGAAAUGAUCCAGCGCGGAGGAGAGGAAGUCCGUCUGAGUGAAGGCAACAGCAAAACUAUGCACAACUUUGAGAAGGUGAUGGAGAGCGCCACAGUGAAGGCAGGCAUGCAUCUGACGAGGCAAGGCAUUGCUUCAUGA